AUGUCGAUGCAAGACGACCGUGGUUUCGGCAAAGACAAAGAGAAGCGCUCAAAAUGGAAGCUUUUUAGCUCCUCCAAGGACAAAGACAGGGAGAGGGAAAAGGAAAGGGAGAAAGAAAAGCACAAAAGCCAGGAACUUUACCCGCCCGAAACAAACGCAGAGACGUCGGGGGACUCGACGUAUGGGAGCAGUGAACCCAACAACUCGCUCACAACGGAGGGCGAUCUGAGCAACACAAAGAGCAACAGCGGAUUGAGCCCAGGAAAGACUCCCGACAUUCCAACGCCUGUCCCCAACUCCAACCCCUAUGCCGUCCCUAACAGCGGGCCCAGCCUGAACCCAAACUCAGGGCCCGACACUUAUACCAGCCCUACCAUCAAGAGGGAGACGGUGACGAACCCCAAUACGGGACAGACGAUAACGACUACUACUACAACCACGACGACUACGACGACAAUCACAAACUCCAAUGGCACGACUUCAACGAUUGAGGAGCCGACGCCGGCGAUGGAGCUGCCCACCGUCAGCAACCAAAACGUCACACCAAUUCCCCCGCAGCAGCAGCAAUACCAACCGCCUGCUGCUGUGCAGUCCAAGCUAGAACCGCCUGUGCAACACAUAACGCCCACGCCGUAUGAGCCAUCGCCCAUUACCCCAACAUCGCGUCGCAAGAGUCUAGAGACUCCAGGUCGACGAAUCAUUCCGCCACGCGACCCAAUUCCUUCGCAAAUUUCUGUCCCAGAUAGCAGCAAUUCGCCUGCAAUUCCUGAGCGAAAUGUUAGAAGGUCGCAGGAGUUUGUGCCGGCGCCUUUACAGAUUGGACAGGGCGCCUUUCCUCCCCCUCCUCCUCCUCCGCCACCAGUUGAGAACAACCCCACUGCCACCGCUGCUGUCAAUCCCUCUCAAGCUGUGAAUUAUUCCCGGCCAGCGAGUAAAUCGACUUUCGCAAACCUCAAGUCCGCUGCUGCAGGUAUCCAUGGCGCCAGCGAAACACUUCGUGGAACGCUAAACCAGACUGUCGACAAGCACUUCGGUGGCAAUCCCCAAGCCAUGGAGAAGAACCAAGCAGCGAUUGAAGCCGGUCUCUACGAGAUUGACAAUCGCAAAUUCUACCACCCCAACGAAUACCGCCAACAGCGACCAGACAACUCGGGUCCCUCGAGCGAUGCGCCGCCAAUUCCCGAUGCUCAAUACGACGAUCCGCCGUUCAACAUGGGCAAUACCACGGGCAGUCCAUCGGUGGCAGAUGGAGAGAGGGAGCAGCGUCGUAGUAGACUAGGUAGUCUGUUCGCUAAGAGCACUGGGAGAGCCGCGUCGCAGCCUGGUGCGGAUGGAACAACACCGAGGGCGGAGAGAGGGAAGCUGAGAAAGAGAAGUAGUUCUGGGCCAGGGACGCCGAAGCUGGGUAUUGUUGGGGAAUAA